AUGGCAGUUCCCGAUGUGGCCACGCAUCCAGGCAUGGCGGGUGCAUCGUUGAGCAGCGAGGUGCAAUACUGCUACCAGCGGCGAACACGUGUUCACCCACCCUCAAACGCCAUCACGCAGUUCGCACAGGAAAAGAGGCGUUCGGUGGCCGCCAUGAACGUGAACGAACACAACCGGUGCGUUAGCAGCCACCUGGCAAAGCUGUGGCGUCCUCUCCGCGGCGCCGACAAGGAGCCCCUCCAGCCCAAGAUAGCCGAAGCUGUCGCCGUCCACCGAAGGAAGUACCCGGACUACGCGCACAACCCGCGCGAGGCCCACCAGCGCAAGGAGCAGGAGCGCAUUGCCAAGCAGGUUACCAGCAAGCUGAACAUUGACAGUUCCUGGGACAAGGAGCAGCAGCCGCUUACUUCCACGGUCGCGGCCCAAUGUCGAAGCGGCCCGAAGUUCCAGCAGCAGCUGCCGCCAUUGUCGCGGACGCCACGGAGCAAACGCCGUGCUACCAUCAGUAGCCGACAUGCUGACCAUCAGUAG